AUGGCCUCCACCGCCGCCACCACCACUACCCCUGCCGCCGAGCACGAGCCCUGGUGGCGCAAGCUCUUCAGCCGCAAGAGCAAGAAGCAGGCAACCAACAAGGUCCCCGAGUCUGGCUUCGUUGGCGGCAAGCCCCCCACGCGUAUCCGCUCCACUGAGUCCAGCGUUGUCGGAUACGAGCCGACGCGCACCAUGUCCUCCAUCGUUGCCGGCGGCAUGGGCGAGAGCGUCCUCGUCGACGCUGUCCCGUGCGAGAACUCUGGAAAGCUCAGGAACAUUCAGUCCCGGAGGACCUAA